UUUCUAACUUUACCGAAGUCCAGCUCGGUCCUCAGACACGUCUUUAUCAAAACAAGAUGAAAAAGUUCCUGUUGUUGCUUCUCUUCUGUCACGUCUCAUCUCCAGUGAAACACUCACUCAAGUUUUUUGAAACUGCAUCUUCUGGAGUCCCAAACUUCCCAGAGUACAUGGUUGCUGCAGUGCUGGAUGAAGUUUUGGUGGGUUACUGCGACAACAAGAUAAAGAUACUAGAACCCAAACAGGACUGGGUGAAAACAAUUUUAGAAAACAAUCCUCAGCAGUUGGAGUUUUACACUCAAAGAUGUUUUGAGAUUGUGCCAAUCUUCUUGAAAGCCAAAAUGGAUAACUUAAAGCAACGCUUCAACCAAAGUGGAGGUGUCCACAUUCUCCAGAGUAUGUGUGGCUGUGAGUGGGACGAUGAGACUGGAGAGGUCGAUGGUUUUAAUCAGUAUGGUUAUGAUGGAGAAGACUUCCUAGCAUUGGACCUGAAGACAUCGACAUGGAUCGCUGCAAAACCACAGGCUGUCAUCACCAAACAAAGUUGGGAUGCUGACAAAUCUAGAAUAAAACGCAUUGAGAUUCUCUUCACUCAGAUAUAUUCUGAAUGGCUGAAGAUGUAUUUGAACUACAGCGAGAGCUCUCUGCUGAGAAAAGAUCUUCCCUCAGUGUCUCUCCUCCAGAAGUCUCCCUCCUCUCCAGUCAGCUGCCACGCUACAGGUUUCUACCCUGACAGAGCCAUGAUGUUCUGGAGGAAAGAUGGAGAGGAGCUUCAUGAGGACGUGGACCUCGGAGAGAUCCUCCCCAACCACGAUGGAUCCUUCCAGAUGAGUGUUGACCUGGACCUUUCAUCAGUCCCAGCUGAAGACUGGAGGAGGUACGACUGUGUGUUUCAUCUCUCUGGUAUGAAGGACGACAUCAUCACCAAACUGGACAAAGCAGAGAUCAGGACCAACAGAGAGGAGCCCACUAACAUGACCAUCCCCAUCAUCGCUGUAGUGGUUGUACUGGCUCUCGUCCUCCUCGCUGUGAUCGGAGUCCUAGUUUACAGAAAGAAGAAAGCCAAAUGCCCUCCAUCUCCUGACAACAGCUCUGAGCUCUCUGAGAAACUGAAUCCAGACUCUAACUCCUAAACCCAUCACCCUGCACACAGUGAGUUGACGUGAACUAUUCACACAAAGCUGCCAUAAACUCUGUGAAACCUUCUGGGAUUGGUUCUUUAUCCCCUGGGAAACCUCUGGGACACAUCGGAGCUGUAAAGAACAUCUCUGACUUGGGGCGCCUGGAUAGCUCACCUGGUAGAGCGUGCGCCCCAUGUACAAAGGCUCAGUCCCUGUCGUAGCGACCAAAGGUUCUCUGGUUGUAUCAGAUCACCGGGGGCAACGCUGCAAAUCAGUCAGCAACAUCCAGAAACAUGCUGUGCCGGAGAUGUCGGUGUAAAUGUAAAUCUGUGUUACUCCUGGGCCCAGUUUUUCUAAAGAUUUAAUCUGGAUGAAAUUGAUCCGGAUUUGGAAAUCCCAUGUUUUGCUAUCCAGGAUCACCUGAUCCAUCUUACUUUAUGCCAGUUUUUUAAAGGAACAUUGGAUUGGAUCACUGUGAUCCAAAUACCAAAUUUCAGGAUGACCAAAUCCUGUUUACCAGAGCCUUAAAUGGAACCAACAGUGUAGCCUACUGGCUGAGCAAAGAACAACAGGUAGGCAAAAUACUGGUGGCCACAAAUGGACAUUGUUUUAAUUUUAAGAAACAGAAACAUUUUACAUUCCCUAUUUUGUUAUAAUGUUAAAUAACAAAACAAAAACAAUACUAUCGAAUAGUCCAUAUCUCAUUAGAUGUGACAUGCUUCAUAUAUGCUUGAAAUAUGAAGAAAUGUGUAUAUCAUCAGUAAACCUUUAUUUUAUGAUCAUUCACUUAAAAAAAACCCUCUUUGAUUUUAUUUGGUUCCAAAAAUCACAACUGAAUCCACCCUUCUAAUGGGAUCAGGAUAAUCCUGUUUUUUUUUUGAUCAAAUAGAUUCCAAACCAAGUUCAAACUUUUGAAAAACCCAAAGGGCAGGUUUGAUCCAGAUCACAUGUAAGAUCGGAUUACAUGAUCUGAUCUUAGUUCAGAAUCCCUCUUUUGCUUUUGAAAAACCCAUUUCCAAGAUUUGAUCCAAUCCGUGAUCCGAAAUCCCACUGGAUUACUUUUGAAAAACUGGGCCCUGGUCCAUACACACACACAUACACACACACACACUAUAAACUUCAGUUCAGUAUUUAUUUUCCAGUUGUGUAAAUAGUUAGUUUGUAUAUUUCUUUAAAACUGAAGAUCUUGUUUUGAUUCCAACCAGGCUUAAGUAAGAAAUAAUUUAUGUCUUUCAGAUUUUUCUUAAUUCAUCAGGAGUGCAUUGUUGUUUUUGUUUCAUAAGAUCUAUCUUUUGAUCUGUUUUGAAACCUAAUUAUAUUUUAGUUUUAGCUGAGACAAAGGGUUGUGGGAUGUUUUCAGCUUCUCAGCUCACUGAUAGAAAUGUUGUAAAUAUUUGCUGCUAUUUUGGGAGGACGGACGUUUUCUGUCUUAUUUUUAUGAACAUAAAGAAACAGCAAUGCUCCAAAUCUCUUCUUGUGUUGGGUUAAGUAUGAAUGUUGAAUGAAGUUGUCCUGAUAUUUUAUUCCUUUUGUACGUCUGUUUUGCUUUUCAAUGAAGUCCUUACAGU